UAAUGUCAAUCUACAAAAAUCAGUAAUUGCGUGUGCCUAGCGUAAUUUUAUGAACUCUUACUAAUUUUUUUUUAAAUAAAUCAAAACUUUUUGUGACGUCCAGUGAUGGCUGGAAAGCUGAACAAAUUCGAAACUCCUAGUUCGGCUAGCUCGGAUAGCGACACGGAACUUGCAUUGGACCUGAGCGAACAAGUGUUUGUCGAUGAUGACGACUACUCGCGCGCCCCGGCGUCGCCGACCACCGUGCCAAAUGUCAGACCUUUCCGACCACCUUCCACAGGCUCAAACAUCCUAAAAUCUCCGAGAGCUCGUCGAGUCCGCACCGCGUCUAUGUCGCAGUCAAACAAACGCACAACAGCUGAAAGUAUCCUACACGCAGACAGACGAACAAUAUACACAGCGGGCAGACCGCCCUGGUAUAACUGUACCGGUGGCCAGGAAGUGGAGCCAUUUCUCAUUGGUAUCGGUGGCGCCAGUGCAUCUGGUAAGACGACAGUAGCGACGAAAAUUAUAGAAUCUCUCAACAUACCAUGGGUCACUAUUGUCAGUAUGGACUCCUUCUAUAAGGUUCUAAAUGAAAAACAGCAUCAUGCGGCGAUGCGUAACGAAUACAACUUCGAUCAUCCAGACGCGUUCGAUAUAGAAUUGUUGAUAACAGUGCUACAGAGACUCAAGGAAGGUAAAAAGGUCGAAGUACCCAUUUACAACUACGUCACACAUUCGAGGGAGAAUAGGACGAAAACGAUGUAUGGUGCUAACGUGAUAAUCUUCGAGGGUAUCCUGGCGUUCUACAACGCAGAUGUACUGAAACUGCUGGAUAUGAAGGUCUUCGUUGACACUGAUGCAGAUAUUCGCCUAGCACGCCGUCUGAGGAGGGACAUCGUACAACGUGGACGUGAUUUGGAAGGCGUGUUAAAGCAGUACCUGACCCAUGUGAAACCCGCCUACCAGAGUUACAUCGCGCCCAGCAUGGCCCACGCGGAUAUCAUCGUACCACGUGGAGGGGACAAUAACGUGGCCAUCGCGCUCAUCGUACAACACGUUCAUAAGCAGCUCAGUCUGCGUGGAUUCAAAGUGAGGGAAAAGUUAGCCGUGGCCCACAUUGGACAACCGCUGCCGGAUUCGUUGUACGUCCUCAAGAACACGCCACAGGUGCAAGGCCUCCACACGUUCAUCCGUAACAAGGACACUCCGCGGGACGAGUUCAUCUUCUACUCCAAGCGUUUAAUGCGCCUGGUCAUUGAGUUCGCCCUGUCUCUAAUGCCUUACACCGACCACGCCGUCGACACGCCUCAGGGAUUCACAUACACCGGUCGUAAAUGUGACGUAGAAAAAAUAUGCGGAGUGUCGAUACUCCGCGCCGGUGAAACCAUGGAGCAAGCCGUGUGUGAUGUUUGUAAGGAUAUACGCAUAGGGAAGAUACUAAUACAGACCAACCAGCAGACCGAUGAGGCCGAGCUGUACUACCUCCGCCUGCCGAAGGACAUCAAGGACUACCGCGUGGUCCUCAUGGACGCCACAGUGGCCACCGGCGCCGCCGCCAUCAUGGCUAUCCGGGUACUGUUGGACCACGACGUCCCCGAACGACACAUUAGCCUCGUAUCGCUUCUCAUGGCUGAAAUAGGCGUACACUCCAUCGCCUACGCCUUUCCCGAGGUUAAGAUUGUGACCUCGGCGUUAGAUCCGGAAAUAAACGAGAAGUUUUACGUUCUGCCCGGUAUCGGGAACUUCGGCGACAGAUACUUCGGUACGGAACCUAACGACGAAGAGUGA